AUUCUAGCUCUUCCGUUUCGGUCUUCCUACUUAUUUUUCCAACUGUCCGUUCUUCUUCCUCUGUUCGUUUCGUCAUAUAGGGCAAAGUCUCGCCGCCUAGGGUUGUUCUUCUCUCCGCCUCCACCGCUCGACGCCGGUCGGCCACUCCAAAGUCCUCAUCACCAUUCACCAAUCGAUAGUCGUGGGUGUUCCUUGAAGGUUGUCUUCGUCCAUCAUCGCCAUUCACGGACUGCCGCUCCUUAGCCCGAUUUUGUCAUUCCCAGAGUAUCAGCUUGUUGUUGCAGCACUGUAGUGUGCUUCCAGGCUUAUCCGCUUCUGUACUUAUUUGGCUGGAUCAGUACCUAUCUGGUGAUGACAGACAUUCAGGCAAGCAGAAAGAUGAGUCCUACUCAUAGACAUGGCAGUGACAAGUCGCGUGCUUGUGCUUAUGACAAGGUCAUGAUAAAUUCUGGAGACAUGAGAAUAAAGGGAUAAAAUCAAUGAAUCUCAGCAUGACUCCAGGAUCUUCUCAACUUAAGUGCACGGAUUGUUCCCUGAGAUCGUUAGGCAAACGGUGUCCUCUAUUGCAUUUUGCAUAAGAUUUUGAGUAUAAUUUAAUGGAAGGCAACCUGGAAGAAAAUAGAGAAGUUGAGGGCGAAGAAGAAUAUCUCUUACUUGACUUGGAUGAAAUUUGUGUGCAUGGUGAUAUUCCAGCCAAUGCUCCCUAUGUCUUAUCUGGUUUGGACACUCUGAAUCCCAUUUUGGUCAUUGGCGACCGCUUGAAACUGAUCGGCGAGUACCAAGAAACAAUUGGAACAUGCUUUGUAUUCUCUGAAAGCGGUAACUACUGCACUUAUGGACACCAUUGUUGCAUGAUUUCAACCGUUUCUCACAGUUGUCUUCAUAUAUAUAUGCAGUGCUGCAUCAGGAGAGAGGAUCUUCCGAGACAGAUCUCUUAAAGGAUAAAUGCAUUAUGGAUUCAAAUGAAGCUUCAUUCAAGCACGUUAAGCCAAUUGCAAAGCUUCAUAAAGUUCUCAAAUUUAAGCUGGCAACUGAUGAUCAAAAUCAAAUAACUGAGAAAUCCAAUGUGAAUAAAUUGUAAUAUUUUUAUCUUAUUGUACAUAGCAGUCUUAUUAGUUUGUAAGAGAAACCAACAAGAAGGAAAUGAAGACAUUCUGAGACCACUGCUUCUAUUUUUAUUAUAAUUUCUAGAAAAAUUAUAAGAUUUCUAAAAGAUCAAUAAUUUUAUGUGUGCCAUCUA